AUGGACGCGCGCGCGGACGGUGGCGCGCGCGACGCCGCGCGCGCGACUGGAGGGCGUGGACGGAGUGAGUCGUAUUAUAAGUCGUCGUAUAACGCGCCGGUCGGGUACGUCGAGGGCGACGCGAGCGCGGGGUCGAGGUCACCGAGGUGGGGGCUUCGUGGGUUCGUGCCGCCGGCGAGAUUUCGCGUCGAGGGGUACGAGUAUCAGAACGCCGAGGACACGGCGCACGGGACGACGGGGAGAACGUUGAUAAAGAUGCGGGCGAUCGAUGCGCGAGAGAUGGCGUACGAUGAGGUGGAGGAGGAUGGGCGCGGGGGGCUGGGGGUGGCGUCGGACGACGUCGAGGCGGAGGCGCGGACGACGCACGCGGGAGGGAUGAGCUCGAGGCCGUCGUGGACCGCGGCGCAUUAUCAAGGUAGGGUGAGCGCGAGUUAA